AUGUUCAACGCGCUCAAUCGAUUCAUGUCCCGCCUGGAUGGUGGUGACACCUCGCAUAGCCAGCAAGACCGAGGGUCAUUUGGCUUCCAGGUGCUGCGAAACACAGACCUGCAGCUGGCUAUCGAGCCGUGGUUUGACUACGUUGUUGGAAUCAAUGGGCGACCGAUUGGACAACGAACGCGCGAGAUGCACAUCCCCGUCCCCGCCAACACGGCCUCGCUCGGCCUCUCCCUACAGUACUCGCCGCUGGCCCUCGCCGCCAACAUCUGGCACGUGCUCGACGUGCCCGCCAACUCGCCCGCCGACCUCGCGGGCCUCCUCCCCUACAGCGACUACAUCCUGGGCAGCCCCGAGGGCGCCCUGCACGGCGAGUCGGCGCUGGGCGAGCUGGUCGAGGACUUCAUCGGCCGCCCGCUGCGCCUGCACGUCUACAACAACGAGUUCGACGUCACACGCGAGGUCACGAUACAGCCCAGCCGCGAAUGGGGCGGCAACGGUGCCAUCGGAUGCACGCUCGGCUACGGGGCGCUGCACCGCCUGCCCGCGCCGCUGAGCGAGCCCGUCGACGCGCCCGGCGAGACCAUGUUUGACGGCCGCAACGAAAAAGCGGCCAUGGCCGCCGCGGCGGAGACGCCGAGCGCGACGGGGUCAACCUUUGUGCCGGCGGACGCUGCGCAGGGCGGCAAUUCGUCGUUUCUGGUGCCGGCGCAGCUGGUGGACCGCACAGCGUCGCCAGCGGGUGGCCCGCCCAAGGCAGGCAAGAAGAAGGAGAAACCAUCUCAUACGAGCAAUAACCUUAUGGAUGACUAUUUCAAAGAAGAGGAAGAGAAGAGCCGCAAGCUAGACAACGCGCCGGCCUCGAAAUCAGCUGGGGUGCCGCCGCCUCCCAAGGCCGGACAAGGGCCACCCAAAAGUCCAGCGCAAACGCCGCCUGCUGCUGCUGCUGCCGAAGAAGACUCAUGA